AUGGCUCUAAAAUUUGUAAUUGCUGAACCCAAAGCAAAGGUUUUAUUUUCCCCCACCGAAUUUUUCGAUACAUUGAAAGAUAUGUUUCGAAGCUCGAGAAAACGAAUUGUGAUCAGCUGCCUCUAUGUAGGUAUAGGAGACCUAGAAAAAGAGUUAAUAACAAGCAUAAAAAAUAAUAAAAACAUAAAAACUUUAAGAGUUGAUAUUUUGCUGGAUAAACAAAGAGCGACAAGACCAGAAGGGAAAUUAAAAGAAUCCUCAGUCAGUGUCCUGUUCGAUUUAUUUGAUUAUGCAAACAAUAUAAACCUUAGCUUAUUUCAUAACCCUCUAUUGGGUGCAAUAUUGUAUAACAUUUUACCGUACAGAGCUAAUGAAGCUAUUGGAGUGAUGCAUAUGAAAGUUUUUAUUUCUGACGAUCGUGUAAUUUUAUCAGGUGCGAACUUAAGCGAUAGCUACUUACGAAAUAGACAAGAUAGGUACAUUAUGAUUGAAAAUAAAUUAUUAGCUGACUCUGUUCAUAAAAUUGUGAAUGGCAUUCAGAAAAUGUCAUUCACUGUAGAUACUGAUUCGUCUAUCAUUUGGGUUAGUGACUUAAUAAACCCAUUGAUAGAUGCACACACAUUCCGAGAACAGUACUACAGGAGGAUAAGAUUUAUGUUAAACCAAAUUGAGAAAGAUAUUUUAAAAAGCAACUGUCAUACUAUAGAUAUUGAAACACCCCCUCAACAUACAAGUGAUCAAACAGAAGAAAGAGAAAAUUUCUUCAGCCCAUUAAUGGUGAAAAAUAAAAAUAUUUUAACUGUUGAGCUGGCACUUCAGAGUGGGUUUUCAUCACCUCCUAUAUAUGAUGAAAGUAUCAUGUUGGAAGAUAUGUUGAAAAAGGUAAAAAAGUUUGAUCAAAGUUUAAUUAUUUCUUCUGGAUAUCUAAAUUUCCCAGAAAAUCUUUUAAAAUUAUUUAGAAGUAUAUAUGAUAAUUUAAGCUUUAAAAAGGGUAAAUUACGCCUUAUUACAGCAUCUCCAUCGGCUAACAGUUUUUUUAAAUCCAAAGGAAUUACCUACUAUGUACCUCUUGGAUAUACAGUCAUUGCACAUAUGUGCAUUGAGUACAUUACGAAAAAUAUUAUAAACGUUUUUAAAAAUUUAAAUAUAACAGAUCCAUUGAAGAAAAAAGAUAAGGCCUUCACAAAUAUUUAUAUGGAAUAUCACAAACCCACGUGGACUUUCCAUUCCAAAGGGAUGUGGUUAAUUGAUGACUCUUUAGGAGGAAGGCUAGGGUUAAAUUAUGGAGAUAAUGGGGAAGACCAUUUAGCUAGUUGUACUGCCACAUGCGGGAAACUACAAAGUGACAAAAGUUAUGAAUGUUCAGAAAAAAAAAAUAUUAAUUCCCAAAAUGGGAAGACGUUAGGGGUUAAUAAUUCUCAAAAUUGUCUGACCCGUUCAUGCAAUUUUGAGAAGAAAAAUAAAAUGUGUGCAAAUUUUUUAAAAAGAGAAGAAAUUAACAGUGACAAAACAAAUGAACACACGUCCCUGUUGACAAAAAAUUCGGAUGAUUUACCUUGGGGUACAGUAAUUGGUAGCUCCAAUUAUGGAUACAGAGCAACUUACAGAGAUUUAGAAAUGAGCUUUGUACUAAAAACAAACGAUGAAAAUUUGAAACGACAAUUCCAAAAAGAGCUAAAUAUUAUUUACGAGUCGUCCAAUUUUGUUCACAUGAAUGAAUUAAAUUUGAGGUACCCUCGCUGGUUACGACUCGUCGUAAGGUACAUUGUGCGGUGGCUCCUAUGA